AUGAAUGGGAGAAGAGAGGAGAUUGAAGAGGCAAAAUUAGUGAAAAAGUUCCUUAAGUGUCUUCCUCGCAAGAAGUACAUACCCAUAGUGGCCGCUUUAGAACAAGUCUUAGACCUCAAAACCACACACUUUAAGGACAUCAUAGGACGGUUAAAAGCGUAUGAAGAACAUGUCUUCGAUGAGGAAGAUAAUCAAGACGAUCAGGGAAAACUUAUGUAUGCAAACAUGCAAACAGAGCAGGCUCGCGACUACAAUAACAAUAACAGAGGCAGAGGUAGUGGAGGACGCUUCUACAACAGAGGACGACGUCGUGGUCGAUACAAUGGAACAACAGAUGCAACUAACCUUACGUGUUUCAGGUGUGAUAAGAAUGGACAUGUUGCAUAUAAUGGCCCGGAUCGCUUGCUUAAGCUACAAGCAACACAAGAAAACGAGAGCAUUGAAACGCAGGAGGCAGACGAGUUGAUGAUGCACGAAGUAGUCUACUUAAACGAAGGGAAGAUCAUACCAAGUAACUACGAAGUGAAGGAUGGCGAAGAGGAUAUCUGGUACCUUGACAAUGAGGCCAGUAAUAAUAUGAGUGUAGAUUGUCGGUAUUUCUCCUCGAUUGAUGAUUCUAUCUCUGGCAAAGUGCGCUUUGGAGAUGAUUCAUGCAUUGAUAUCAAAGGGAAGGGAUCGAUUGAGUUCAUGGACAGAAACGGAGAAGCAAGAAAGAUUACUUACCUCGACUUCAUUCCAAAUCUAAAAAGUAACAUUAUCAGCCUUGGAAAAGUGACUGAGUCGGGAUGUGAUAUAAGGAUGAGAGGAGAGCACCCCAUAAUGCACGAUCAAGAUGGAAAACUCAUCGCCAAAGCAAGUGACUCAAGCAGGUGGCACACAAGGCUAGGGCACAUAAUCCUUGAUACAAUGAAGUCUAUGAUACAGCAUGAGCUAGUCACUGGAAUCCCACAGUUUGAGAUAGAGAAGAAAGUGUGUGGUUCGUGCUUGAUGGGCAAAUAG